AUGACCUCACAUGGAGACUUACAUUCUUCAGAAGGCGACUCUGGGAAUGGAAGGAGAGAGGGACAUCUUCUUCAACCGGGAGUUUAUUGGGAUCUUCUCAGUGAGCUGAUGCCCGUGGUUUUACGGGUUGUUCUGCCCCGGCUGAAUACUCCGCACGAAGACAUCAACACAGAUACGUUUUUGCAAUUUUUGGGAUCUUGCAAGCGCAUUCAUUCUGAAUGGCAAGAUGCUCCAUCUUCAAAGACCAGUCUCCUGUCCGAAGUAACUGUUUUGGAAUUUCUGAUAGCUGCAUGCGACGUGGUCCUUGACUUCGACUAUUGUAAUAAUAGGAGACCAAUGAGCUCUGCUGUGCAACUCUUCCGCAGGGCUGAUCGCCGCUUCCGUCCUCCAGACCUCACUACCUAUCAUAGCGAUCCUCCAUUACUGGGGGUUUGGGCAUUGGGCUGUGUCUCCUAUGAACUUUCCUUUCUUCAACAAGUAUCCGCAGCCUUACUGAAGGAGUAUUAUAAUAGCAAUCCCAUUACAAACACCCAGGAGCUCAUCCGGCGCUGCCUUGCAGCAAAUCCACAGGAACGGAUUUCGGCAGCGACCUUGCGGAAUAGGGCCAUGCAGGUUCUUGCAGCGGAGAAAAGGGUGGGUCUUUUCCUCACUCCCCCCAAGCAGAAGUUACUUACUAAUCAGAUUGAUACUUCAAGCGACCCUCCACCGUUGAAAGAUGCAUGCAUAAACAUUUCUUCAGGCCUGACCAUACGUGACAAUCCAUAUGUAUUUCCAGUAGGCUGCAGUGAGCCCCGUGAAGCAACACCCCUCGCAGUGGGAGCGCGAUCACUGCUCAUUGAGGCUGUACGUGAGGCCGAUCUCAAACAGCUUAAAAGACUAAUCGAGACUGGGCGCAUAUACCAGCAUCUACGGCAGUAUGAUGUAGAGACCGGCAAGACAGCUUUAAUGAUUGCCGCAGAAAUGGGGUCCGAAGAGAUCGUUAGGGAGCUCUUGAAUUUCAAGUGUACUCCCCAGAAAUUCACUAAUGCGCCUGCUAAUUGCGCUGAAGAGACUAGAAUCAUCAUGCAUUUAGACAGGUGGUCUGAACAGAGGCAUCAAUUCCUUGUUCAGUGCCGAGGGUAUCGCCCUGUUACAGAGGAGAAGCUUGCGGCACUUAUGGAGCUAGGACAGACAACCGACCUUUUUUGUGCCCUGUCACUUGCCCUGAAGGCAGGACACUGGUCGUGCGUUAAACAAUUGGCUCAGUAUGAAGUUGGGCUUGCAGGGUUUACGCCUCUAAUGGCCGCUGCGGUAUCUGGGGACUCAAAUCUUGUAAUGCAGUCCCUUCAGUAUCUUAAUUGUCAGUGCGAGAGGAUUACAGCAGCUAUGCUUGCUGCCCUUUAUGGGAACGUCAAGUGUCUUGAAAUAAUACUGUCUGCGCUUGUACCCGAUAUCCCCUCCGUCUCUACCAAUUUAGAUUGUCAAGAACACAAGCUCCCUUUGGAGCUCUUUUCUAUCACCAACAAGGAAACAGGAUACCUUAACAUCUCCAUGCUUGCCAUCCUCACCGGUCACCCAGAAUCAGUUCAAGUUUUACUGUUCCGGGUACCCUCAAUAGCCAGAUACCAGAACAUGAUGGGGCAAACGGCACUGAUGUUCGCAGCCGCAAAGGGAUAUGAUGCCUUGGUGACAGUGAUGUUGCCGUACGAAUUUGACCUCUGUGACAGGUAUGGCCAAACAGUUGUAUCCUACGCUGCCGGCUCGACAAGCUAUGGCCCGGGAUCUGUUGCGUGUCUUAAUGCAGUGGCAGAUUACUUUUUAGCCAAUUGCUGCGUCACAGACAUUAUCUAUAAUACGCUUCGGGGCUCAAUUACCCACAUUGACGUCCAUGACCCAGUGAUUUCGGAACAGGUCAGUAAGACAGAUUGUCUGGGCCGAUGUGCGCUCAUGUACGCUAUUGAAACACACAAUGCAACAUUGAUAAGCUCUCUUCUUGCUAUCGAAGCGUCCAUGCCAUACAAACGUAAGAGAAACGGUUUGCAAUCGGAGGAUGAGGAGAUAGUAAGUUCAAACAUCAUAGACUAUGCACUCGAUAUCGGGGCAUAUAUCGUUCUUCCUACAAUUUGUGCAUACUACGCUGCCAAUCCCACAAUAUUUCUGCGUAGCCUCCCAUGCAGCAAAAGAAACGGCCUCUAUGGCUCUGAGCAAACUGAGCUCAUGAAGGUAAUUGAGGAACGUGGCCUUCAUGCAGAGCAUAUACCUGGAGAGUACCUUGAUGACUGCUGCAAGGUAUCGGCGCUUAGACGCGGGCUAAUGUCCGCUCUUGCGUUAGCUGCUUCCGGUAGUGACACAGAGUCUGUUUGCCCGUUGCUUCGUGAGCUAUGUAUACAGCUUUCACCGCGCAAGCCUGCGCUCUACUACGCAAUUAGAGGGCAGAACGUAAGUUGUGCGAACCUUCUCCUGGCAGAGGUUCACCUAUGGGGAGGAACGUAUCUCAUGGCAUAUGCUGCACUGGGAAAUGCCACAGCUGUGGAGCAGCUCAUCAAGCUGAAUCAUGGCAUUCGGAGCUACAGCGAAGGGGGCUGGACGGCGCUUAUGUUUGCUGCGCAGUACGGGCAUACCAGUUGUGCCAAACUGCUGCUGGAGUAUGAGGGAGGAAUGGUGACAAAUGAAUGCUACAAGAGUGGUAUUGGUGUGACUGCCCUCAUAAUCGCAAUAAGGCACAACCAUCUUGGCUGUGUGCAGGUCCUCUGCAGCAGAGAAAGAGAUAUUAAGACAAGGGACGGGCGGAAAGCAAUCGAUAUAGCUCGCGAGGAAAAUAGACGUAACCUUGUCUCUGUGCUUCUAUAG